UAGCAAAAAGUUGGCCGAGCAGGGGAAGUUCAGUGUCAAGGAGAUGGUCGACAUAAUAAAAAUGGACCGGAUUAUGCUGAGGCUGUGGCACUACGUGGAGUUCGAGUAUGAGGAAAUGGAUAAGGGGGAGUGGAAUGCCAACUCCACGUUCUUCAGGUCCAAGAAGCAACUGUUCGAAGAGUUCAAGGACAGAGGUCUCGACGACAAGCUUUGGAACGAGAGCAGGAAAUUUUUCACGGACACCACAUAUGUCAACAAGUGCCCUCAGUUUCUCGGGUGUCAACACGACAACAACAUCAAGAAAAUGACGGCCCUCGUCAACGACCAGCAUUUCCCGGCGGAGUGGAAGCAUGUCGUCCUUUCGGUAAUCACUGGAGAUCGCGCCAAAGGCAAAAAAAGCCCCCGUGGCGUUGAUGAAUGCAUCAACAUUAUGUGGACAAGGACAAGUGCCUUGACGACGCUGACCCAGUUUAACAUCGACCCGUUGAGUGCCAUAGAUCAUAAGCAGGCGCUGGGAAAACUGGGGCAUCAGCUACGCUCCCACACUUGCGUGCUCGACUUAUGCGGUGCUGUGGACCRUGCGCAAURGGAYUCUGGGGCAUUCGCGUCUCUGAGURAGUUGYUGGGCUUCGUUUGUCAGGACUACUGGACAUUGGUGGUAUUCGUCCCCUGCCUGUGGAACCUCUCCUUCAUGACAUGUUUGUCURCGCUUGGGGCUAMCCGAUGCUACACGGGGAAGUGGGUUCGGAAGACGACAUCGAAGAAGACGCAUCAGUUCGGAAACAGCGUCUGGGAGGAGCCGGAUGUGAUGCACAUCCUUUUCAAAGGCGAGGAUCCUCGGCUACUGACUCACCCGGUGUACGAGGGAGCUGUUGCUGAAGACGACGCCACCGCUCUCCGGAGGAAACAGAAAGUGACACCCACGGAUGUGGAGGAGAAGUCUUUCAAGUCUUUGACUUUCGCGGACAUCGGAAACCUGACCCAAAGGGGGGCUCUGUACAAGGACGGCGAGCGAAAUCCGAAUCAGUUGUGCAAUCAGCCUCUUUUCUUCUGUGGUGUGGCAGAUGCCGUGCUGUUCUUGGGCAAGCCGCACUCGCAGGUGGUGUGGAGUCUGCUUCAGCAGGGAAGGCACGUCUUGGCCGUGGAUGGGGACACAACGUAGCUCGAAUACACCGUGCAGUAAGUCACCCAUGAAGUGUCGUCCAAAGCUUACCCAUGC